UUGACGGUCAGUUUUCGUAAUCGAAGCGUUUUUGCGAAGCAGCAUUGUCUCCGGGAGUGGUUUAUAAGUUUUUUGAUUUACAUGGUAAAAUGGAAACGACAGCGCACAAAAUCGAGGAAAAAGAGCGGACAAGUGAUGUGAAAUUGUCAGAGAAAAUUCCGUUCAAUAAAAUGGUGCUCGCUUCGGGCGUGAAAAGUGGAUUGCACCGAGCAGGUUACGUCUACCCAACGGUGCUUCAAGCCAACGCUAUUCCUAUUGGGAAAGCCGGAAUUGAUCUGAUUGUGCAGUCGAAGUCCGGCACGGGGAAGACAUUGAUUUUUACGGUGGUGCUCCUCGAGGCGAUUCACGAGAGCCGCUCGCAGCAGCCCCAGGCACUGAUCCUGACGCCAACAAGAGAAAUCGCGGUGCAGGUGGAGACCACAGUGAACGUUAUCGGGAGUUGUUGCCCAGGCUUCAAGGCAGUUAGUGUUAUUGGAGGUCUCGACGUGGCUGCUGACCGAAAAAAAAUUCAAAACGCUCGAGCUAUUGUAGGAACACCUGGACGAGUACUGCAUCUAAUUCAAAACGAUGUACUGAAUACGUCGGAAAUUAAAUUACUAAUUUUGGAUGAAGCGGAUAAAAUGGUAUCUGCAACAUUUCGGGGCGACUUCGAGAAGAUUUACAAGAGCCUUCCUUCCAAGAAGCAAAUGAUUGCUUGCAGUGCUACAUUUUGUAAUGAUUUAGAUAGCGAUUUAGCAAAGUAUAUGCGAAAUCCCUUCCUGAUAUCAACAGAGAAACGAGCAACAAGCCUACUAGGAAUAAAACAAUUGGUCUACAAUAUUACUGAGGAGAAAUCUAAUAUUUUGGAAAUGCAAGCGAAAACAGCUGCAUUGAAGCAGAUUUUUUCGAACAUGUCCUUCAAACAGUGUCUAGUUUUUUCUAAUUCGCAGUCUCGAGCCGAUUCCUACCGCAGCUUCCUACAUAAAGACGGAUGGCCUUGUGAAGUAAUAUGCGGAGCUCAAGAUCAGAAAACUCGUUUGGAUGCAUUCAAUAAAUUUCGCGAAUUCAAAACGAGAAUUUUGAUAGCAACAGAUUUAAUGGCACGCGGUAUAGAUUCUGAAAACGUGAAUCUGGUCAUAAACCUUGAACUUCCGGACGAUGCGGCUACAUAUUUGCAUCGAGUGGGCCGAGCUGGCAGGUUCGGUUCACACGGAAUUGCCGUUUCCUUCAUAGCAUCCAAAAAGGAUAGGGAGAAAUUAAGAAAAAUAUUGGAAGGCAUUGGGUUUGGAAUGGAAAUUUUAAAAUUUCCGAAGAAUAAAAUUGUAGAUCUGUGGAAUUUCAACGACCCAGAGGGAGAGAAACAUCAAUUAGGGGUGUUUGACAUGAACGAGAAUAUAGAGUGUGAAAAAGAAAACAUAAACAACAAUGCUCAAGUGGAAGCAAAACCGACAGACUAUGAAAAGAUGGGUUCUAAACAACGCACUUCGCAGAGUAAUGUCAAAAUGGAUGUACUGAAGCAGUUAAUCGAUUCAAACUCAAACGUCAAGCCUUCUAAUAAUAGGAACGGAAAUUUGUUCAGCGAUUUCAUUGAAGACCUUAGCGCCAACUUAGAUGAAAAAAAUGAAAAUGCAAAUUUCGUUAGCCAAGAUUCUAUUAAUCAGCAAAAUGGCAGCCAAGCGAUUGAUGAGAAAAAUGAACGCGCAAACUUCGUUAGUCAGGAUUCAGUUAAUUCGCAGAGGGACAGCGAAGCAAUUGAUGAGAAAGGUGAAAAGGCAAAAUUGGUUAGUCAAGAUUCAGUUGAUCAGCAAAAGGACAACAAAGCGAUUGAUGAAAUUUCAGAUUCAAAAGAGAUUCUAAAUACUUCUAACAUAGCUCCAAAUUCGCGGGAUUCAUUGGUAAAUUUAGUGUGCGAUCAACGAAAAAAUGAAGUUGCUAAGCCAGAAAGGAACGUGUUUGAUGAUUUCAAUGCGACUGUAGAGAAUGACUCCCUCACCACUGAUGCAUUGAUCGUAGAUAGUAAAACAAAUACAAAGGAUACGGAACCAACUUCUUGUUCGGAAAAACCAUCUCUUGAUGAAUAUGAGCAAGAUACAGGAGAUGAUCACGCUACCAAAGAAAGCUCAACUUCUGGCAGAAAAUCGAUAGAAACUGGUGUGGUUCCUGAAGAAAAAAGUGGAAAGUGUGAUAAAUUGAGAAAUUCACUGCGGUCAUUAUUGAUCGAAAACGAGCCUGAUAACAAGAAUUCUGAGGACAUUUUCGACGACUUUAUAAGCUCUCAGUGUGUUAAUUCGAAUAUUGAAGAAUGUUCUAAACUUUGUGGAAAUGACGUUAACCACGACGCUUCCAAUACACCAAAUGCACGUAAUUCUAGCAAGAGUAAGGUGUCAAAAUCGAAAAAUCGAAAGCCUUCUAAGCAAGCAAUGAAGGAAGCUAUCCGCGAAGUUCACAAUAAUAUUAUAUCUUCAUGUGACUCACAAGCUCCUCCACCAUCGAUCAAUUCAUUUUCGGAGCCACAACCGUCUACUAGUUUUAGGUCUGGUGAUGUCUUACAGAACAAAUCAGAUACCUCAAACUAUCCACGCUCUUCCAGUCCAACCUGUGGAAAUCAGACCAAAAGUGAUCUCAACAAUAUAUCUUCCCUGACUGAGGAACUUAACAUUUCAUUUAACGCUUCUGAUUUUGUUUCAGAACAAGCAAAAGUAGAUGCUUCACAACAAAAACGACCGGAAAUGCACCGUGAAAACUCGGCCUCUACAAGUGAAGGAUGGUCAACGGUUGAUUCCGCUACCGAAACGGCAUCUGAACAUAACGAAAGCAGUGGCUUUGAUGAAGAAACGUCUGAGGCUUCUUCGGGUGUUGUGACAUCUGAAAUUUCCAAUAGAUCUAGUUCCUCAGAUAGCAGCACUGUAACAACUGAUCAUAGCGACUCGGAUACCUCAGACUCGAACUCGUCAACUGAAACGGAGGUAGCCAGAAGUCCCAAUGGAAGGAGAUGUGAAUUAUUUAGAAAUAAAAGGAGGGCACGUGUCUCCGCGAAUAGGACAAAUCAAAGCAGUGCACACACGAUCAGCACUGCCAAUUGGAAUAACUUAUAUUGGAAUCAAUUCAAACAAAUUCAGGAUUAUGUGGAACUUUGCAGGUAUGCUAAACAGCAAGCGCCACAAUAUUCGUGAUUUGGAAGAUUGUCUAUCAAAGUUUAGAAUAGAAUGCGUAUAAAUGUAUUAUCUAUUUAAUUGAAUUUGUAUUAAAUAUCACUCUGAAAAAUUUCGAAUAAUUGGGAUUUUAUUAAUAAUUAUA